AUGGCGAGGUAUGCCCAGAAUGUCCCAUUAAUGGUUCAGACCUUCCAAGAGUUAGCAAUGCUGGUAGAUGUCGGAGAGAGGAUAGAUGGGGCCAUGCAUGAUGGUAGAUUGAACGAAGGGACUAGUCGGAAGGUCCCGAACAGAAAAGAAAAGGAUGUGGAGAUCGCAUAUGUACAAGCGCCAGUUGCGACGAAGCCCCUUGCCUCAUCCUCUCAAGGCCCCUCUGUGUUUCGAGAGAGGGCAUAUCAGAAUCAUGAUUUUAAAAGGAGAGCACCGAGGGAGUUCACUCCCCUGCCUAGGCCACUAUCCAAGUUGUUGCCCAUGCUGUUGAGAAUGGGGAUGAUAGCUAAAGAAGUGGCUCGGGAUAACCCUCCAAGAUUCCCCGGGUUCGAUUUGUCAAAGUCCUGUGAGUUCCAUAGAGGCGAAAAGGGUCAUGAUGUGGACAACUGCUUCACUCUUAAGAUCAAGGUUCAGAAUCUGCUCGACAAAGAAACUAAUGAGCCAACUAAUGAGGGUGUGUCGGAGAGUCUAAUUGUGACCGACAGUGAAGGAGAGAAUUUGUAUGAUGAUCUUGGGCCUCAAGCUAGCAAUGUGGAUUGGAAUCGUGAGUUCAUAAAGCUCGCUCACGAGAAUGGGGAAGUGGUUGACACACUGGGUCAACCUAGCGGCAAAUUCGACUACCUUGUGAAGUAUUCACGGCCACCCAGUUUCUUCAUCGAUCCCAAGGAUGUUGUUCCUGAUGGGUGGGGAGGUAUGGACGACCCACCCGAGCCUGAGGAGGAGACGGUCAACAUGAUCACCCCCGUGGUCAUCGAUCUAUCAGUCGAAGAAGAUCUAUCAGAUCCCGAUGAACGAGAUGUCGAGCAUGUGGUCAUCGACGUUAUGGCAGAAGAGUUCACUACCCUAGAGGUCGAUGAUCAUGUCAUGGAACCGAUGACGAUUGAACUCUCGCCAGAGGACGAAGACGACAUAAUAGUGGAAAUGGUCCCUAGUUACAAUGCUAAGGCGGUCCCUUGGAGUUACAAGGUAAGUGAAAUCGAUGAUGUCACUCGCUCGGGUCGAUGUUAUGAUCCCACCAAGGUGGUUGAGAAAAGGGCUGUUUCAAAUGAAGAGGCCGAACAAUUUUUAGCAAUUAUUAAGACUAGCGAAUUUGAUGUUGUCAAUCAGCUGAGGAAGAUGCCGGCCCAGAUAUCACUUAUGGAUCUUUUCAAAUCCUCCAAGAAACAUAAAAAUGCACUAUUCAAGAUUCUAAAUGAAGUACACGUUCCCGAAACUAUUAAUGACACCCAAUUGGAGGAGUUUGUUGGGUCUAUCUUGCUGAAAGAUCAGAUUUCUUUUGCCGAUGAAGAUUUUCCUCCAGGAGGUCGCAAUCAUACUAAGGCGCUGUUCAUCUCGGUAAAGUGUCGCGAUAGAAUGGUGGCGAGAGUGCUGAUUGACAAUGGAUCGGCAUUAAACAUUUGCCCACUUGCCACCCUUCGUCGUCUGGGGGUAAAUGAAAAGAAAAUGCUGGUAUCUAAAUCUACCGUUCGUGCUUUUGACGGUAUGAAGAAGGAAGUAAUUGGUGAGGUUGAGCUCGAACUGCUAAUUGGUCCAGUCCUUUUUCUGGUCAGCUUCCAAGUCCUCGAUAUUCCUAGUGCCUUCAAUUUUCUACUAGAACGACCUUGGAUACAUACCGCCAGAGCCGUACCCUCGAGCCUGCACCAAAAGGUCAAAUUCAUCAUUGAUGGGAAGCUGGUAACUAUUCAUGGAGAAACUGACUUUAAGGUCUUUCACGACACUGCGAUCCCAUAUGUGGAACCCGAGAACAAGGCUGAAUCAAGCUAUCAAACUUUGGACUUAGUCUCGAUGGUCCAUGUGCCCGUUGGAACCAUCAUGCGAGACCUAGAAAUGGCUAAGUCUUCAAUCAUGUCGAGUAAGGUGUUGCUCGAAAAUGGUCAUGUCCCCGGAACCGGCCUGGGACUGCAUGGCCAAGUUAUAAAAAAACCCCUUCAGGUCUCCAAGUGGCGCAAAAGGAUAGGCCUAGGUUAUCAUGGAGACGAUUCUGGUGGCCGAGAUAACCAUGGAGGACGAGGCAGUGUCGGAGGUCGAGGUCAGCAUGGGGGCCGUGGUGGUCGUGGAGGCCAUGCUAAUUAUGAUGGCCAUGCUAAUUACUCGUGGCCGUGGUUUUUCCAGCAAAUAUUUGAUGGGAUCAUUCUCAGUUACGAGCAGGAUCCGAUGAUGGAGUGUGUAUUGGCGUAA